AUGGCUCGUCAUGGAAAGGGUCCGAAAACCAAUAAGAAGAAGUUAGCUCCUGAAAAGGAAAGAUUCAUACAAUGUUGUGCUGAUAUUACACUAGAGUUAACAGAUUCCUUGACCUCAGGAACAACGAGAGAGAUUAAUUUGAAUGGCUUGAUUACUAAAUACUCAAAAAAAUACAAACUAAAACAACAACCAAGGUUAACCGAUAUUAUUAAUUCUAUACCAGAUCAAUAUAAAAAAUACUUAUUGCCUAAAUUGAAGGCUAAGCCAGUUAGAACAGCGUCAGGUAUUGCAGUUGUAGCUGUUAUGUGUAAGCCACAUCGUUGUCCCCACAUCGCGUACACAGGUAAUAUUUGCGUUUAUUGCCCGGGAGGUCCAGAUUCGGAUUUCGAAUAUUCUACGCAAUCUUAUACAGGCUAUGAACCAACUUCAAUGAGGGCCAUCAGAGCUCGUUAUGAUCCUUAUGAACAAGCGCGUGGUAGAGUAGAACAACUAAAACAGUUAGGUCAUUCUAUUGAUAAAGUGGAGUAUGUUCUUAUGGGAGGUACAUUUAUGUCAUUACCAAAAGAAUAUCGUGAAGAAUUCAUUGUCAAAUUGCACAAUGCACUUUCUGGGUUCAACGGUAAUAAUAUCGAUGAAGCUAUCCUUUAUUCGCAACAAAGUUUAACAAAAUGUGUUGGUAUAACUAUUGAAACUAGACCUGAUUAUUGUACGCAAACACAUUUAGAUGACAUGUUAAAAUAUGGAUGUACCAGACUGGAAAUUGGUGUUCAGUCUUUGUAUGAAGACGUUGCUCGUGAUACUAAUAGAGGGCACACUGUUAGAUCUGUUUGUGAAACUUUUGCUGUGUCUAAAGAUGCUGGUUAUAAAGUUGUUUCUCACAUGAUGCCAGAUUUACCAAAUGUUGGAAUGGAGAGAGAUAUUGAGCAGUUUAAAGAGUACUUUGAGAAUCCAGACUUCAGAACCGAUGGGUUGAAAAUUUAUCCAACACUAGUGAUCAGAGGUACAGGUCUAUAUGAACUUUGGAAAACGGGAAGGUAUAAGUCGUACAGUGCCAACGCUUUAGUGGAUUUAGUUGCCAGAAUUCUCGCAUUAGUACCCCCAUGGACCAGAAUAUACCGUGUGCAAAGAGAUAUUCCGAUGCCUCUAGUUACUUCAGGUGUCGAUAACGGCAAUUUGAGAGAACUGGCAUUAGCUAGAAUGAAGGAUUUGGGUACAACUUGUAGAGAUGUUCGUACUAGGGAAGUAGGUAUACAGGAAGUGCAUCAUAAAGUUCAACCAGACCAAGUAGAACUAAUUAGAAGAGAUUACUACGCAAAUGGUGGUUGGGAAACCUUUUUAUCAUACGAAGAUCCAAAAAAAGAUAUACUAAUUGGUUUGCUUAGAUUAAGAAAAGCUUCCAAGAAAUAUACUUAUAGGAAAGAGUUCACCGCUCAACGUACUUCAAUUGUUAGAGAACUGCAUGUUUAUGGUUCUGUGGUCCCCCUUCACUCAAGAGACCCACGUAAGUUCCAGCAUCAAGGGUUUGGGACCCUAUUAAUGGAAGAAGCAGAAAGGAUUUCUAAAGAAGAGCAUGGUUCAGAGAAAAUCUCCGUUAUUUCUGGUGUUGGUGUAAGAAACUACUAUGGUAAGUUGGGCUAUGAACUAGAUGGUCCGUACAUGUCGAAGAAAAUUUAA